UGAAAGAUAAACUUCGAGAUGCACAGAGCAUGCUUAGUGGUUCAGUUUUUGGUCAUCUUUCUGUCGUCUGUAUCUUGUUAUCUCGGAACCCCUUUUGCCUGCCUAUUUUCACCAGGGGUGGACUGACAACUCAUGGGGCCACCGGGCAAUAGGGGAUCAUGGGGCCCCUCUGUCCUCGCCCACACUCAAACCACACCCAAAAUAGCUUAUUAAAGGUACCAGGGGCAUCUCAUGGUGCCCCCUACUGACCCCGGGCCCUCGGGCAGUGCCUGAGUGCUCAAAUGCAGCUCAGUCCGCCCCU